UCGCAGCGCGUUCGCUGUCACACAGUUGGCUUGGAGCUUGACUUCGAUGCAGACGACGACGACGACAACGAGUGGAAAAUUAAUUGGCGAAUAUUGAGCACAAAGCGUAACGCGCAACACGUGAGACUUGCAAUUGAAAACUGCUUGCUUGCCGCAAUUCAAGUUAAUUUCAAGCAAACAACAAUAAUAAACAGAUAAACAAUGGCAACCACAACGACAUCAAUUGAGGGCUACAAGCUCGGCAAGGUGAUCAUCGAGGGCAAAACGAAGCAAGUCUACAAUCUGCCCGAACAUCCCGGCCUAUGUCUGUUGUUAAGCAAGGAUCGCAUUACAGCCGGCGACGGUGUUAAGGCUCACGAUUUGGCCGGCAAGGCUGAAAUCUCAAAUACCACAAAUGGCCAAGUCUUUCGUCUGCUCAACGAAGCGGGUGUACGCACCGCCUACGUGAAACAUUGUGGCCCAAAGGCGUUCAUAGCCCGCAAAUGCCAGAUGAUACCAAUUGAAUGGGUUACACGUCGCCUGGCAACCGGAUCUUUUCUCAAGCGCAACGUGGGCGUACCAGAGGGUUACAGAUUCUCGCCACCAAAACAGGAGACCUUCUUCAAGGACGACGCCAAUCACGAUCCCCAGUGGAGCGAUGAGCAAAUCAUUUCGGCCAAAUUCGAGCUGAAUGGCCUGCUGAUUGGUCAAGAUGAGGUGGACAUAAUGAGACGGAUGACAUUGCUGGUAUUUGAGGUAUUGGAGAGGGCGUGGCAAACGAAGAACUGUGCGUUGAUCGACAUGAAGGUGGAGUACGGUGUGGACGAAGAUGGCAAUAUUAUUCUGGCCGAUAUUAUAGACUCUGAUUCAUGGCGUCUUUGGCCAGCCGGAGAUAAGCGUUUGAUGGUCGAUAAGCAGGUCUAUCGCAAUCUAACAUCGGUUACCUCCACCGAUCUGGAUACGGUGAAGCGUAACUUUAUCUGGGUAUCAGAGCAGCUGGCGGAUAUUGUUCCACGCAAGGAUCAUUUGGUUGUUAUCCUCAUGGGCAGCGCAUCGGAUACGUCGCACAGCGAAAAGAUCGCAAGCAGCUGUCGUUCCCUUGGCCUCAACGUCGAGCUGAGAGUUAGUUCCGCCCACAAGUGUCCCGAGGAGACAUUGCGCAUUGUCCGCGAAUAUGAAUCUGUCAUGAGCAAUCUAAUCUUUAUCGCUGUCGCUGGUCGUUCCAAUGGACUUGGUCCCGUCGUCUCAGGCAGCACAAACUAUCCGGUUAUCAAUUGUCCACCCGUUAAGUCCGACAACAUGCAGGUCGAUGUCUGGUCCAGUCUCAAUGUGCCAUCGGGUCUUGGCUGUUCCACAGUCCUUUAUCCUGAGGGAGCUGCUCUGCAUGCCGCAACUAUUCUAGGUCUUAGCAACUUUAUGGUCUGGUCGAAAUUGCGCGUCAAGCAGCUCAACAACUUUGUAACCCUCAAGAAGGCCGACAAGGAACUCCGAGGCGUUCGAAAUGUCUGAAUCAAAAAAUAACUAACAUUUCCACUUUUGCCAUU